AUGGACGCAGAGGAUGAGCAAAGUUUGGAGGAGCGUCUUCGUGCACAGGCUAAUAGUAAUACGAAUAAACCAUUGACAACUCGGCAAACAUCGACCAAUAAAUCAAGCCGGCAUACAUUUAAAGAUGAAAAAAUUGAAUCGCACACUGAUAAAAACGGCAUUUGUUAUCGAGUUGGAGAUCAUGUCUAUCUGGAAACAAAUAAACAAGCCGAACCUUACUCAAUUGCUUCGAUCUUGGAUUUCCGUUUAACAAGAAAAGACCAUGUUAUGUUAGAAGUUCGAUGGUAUUAUCGACCAGCUGAGAUUCCACCUAAUCUUUACCAUCUUCUCAUCGAAGAUCGAUAUCAUGAAAAUCUACACACUAUUACAGAGGGUAACAAUCAAACAUCAACAUCAAUUAAAGAUAAACAAACGAAAGAUUCUGGUAUAAUACAAGAUCCGAAUAUUAUUGGUCGAGAAUUAUUCGUAUCGGAAAUCAAAGAAUUCUAUCCGGCCGUACACAUUAAAGGCCGGUGCCGUGUCGCGCAUUACCAAGAUAUUGAAGAAGCUCGUGCAUUCAAACCCGAUCCGGAUACGUUCUUUUAUAUUUUAACAUAUAACCCGGAAGCACGCAGACUGGCGAACACGCAAGGCGAAAUUCGUGUUGGCCCAUCACAUCAAGCCAAACUACCACUUUUGAAAUCCUAUUCACCCUCAACAUUAACAAAUGGUCUUAAUGAUGAGAUGCCAAGUUCUUUGCGCGAAGAAUUAUUGUGGAAGAAUAAAACAUCCGACAUUGAUUUAUCCAUGUACUUACAAGCAGCGAGAUCGAUUGCCGCGUUCGCUGGAAUGUGCGAUCGAGGUUUACCAGAAGAUAUGUAUGAUGUCGCGCAACGUGAUGACACAACAAUUAAUGCAUUAAAUACUUUACAUAAUCACGAUUAUGAUUGUAAGCGUGCUAUACAAUCGUUAGUAAAGUGUCCAAUACCGAAAGGUAUCGAUCGAAAAUGGUCAGAUGAUGAUCAGAAGAAGUUCAUCAAAGGUUUGAGACAAUAUGGAAAAAACUUUUAUCGCAUACGAAAAGAACAGCUACCACAUAAAGAAACAUCCGAUCUAGUCGAGUUUUAUUAUCUUUGGAAGAAAACUCCACAAGCGCAAUCAAGUCGUCCGCGUCGUCGACAGCGUCCAUGUUCAACAUCGGUGAAUCUAUCGACGACUCCUACACCAGCGAAACAACGGAACGCGAAAGCAAACAAUAAAGACGAAUCUGAGCAUAAUUCCGACAAUGACGAUAACAAUGCAACAGAUACCGAUGAACAAUUUUGUCGACAUUGUCAAACAUCAUCCAAAGAUUUACAAGCAGGCGGACGUGAUAGUCAACAACUAUGCUACGAUUGCCGCAUGUAUUAUAAAAAAUAUGGCGAAAUGCCAAUUAUUAGUCAAGAACCUCCACCAUAUCUAUUCAAACCAUUGAAUGAAACAAGUCCAAGUAAUAGUACAAGUAGUAAACGAAAACGAAACAGAUUGAAGCAAUCGUCGUCGCCAACUCCAUCGGCAUCAUCGGCGCCUGUGGCUUCGACACCAACUGUUGACAAAUCUGAAGAGACCACGAAGACAUCUCUGACGCGAUCGAAAAAGAAAACCCGUGUCAAUGAACAAACAUCAUCUGGCAAACAAGAGGGCGAAGACGAAGAAGAUAGCGGCAAAGACGAAUCGACGGUCAACAAUGGAAUCAAAGCAGAAGAACAAGAAAAUGAAAAACCACUACUAGAAUCAUCAGAGACGAUUCCUCCGAUAACAACAUCAGGUUUCCUAAUUAAAACAGAUGAUCUACCAACGUCUACACUUUCCCAGCCAUUACCAUCAUUGAUAAUCAAUUCGACCACAUGUAAACAGGAAAUUAGUUCGCCAACAUCAGCAUCUGCUGGUAGCGGCCCAGCUAAAAUAACGAAUAAGAUUCUCAUUGAUCACACAAAACAAAGCAAUGCAAAUCUAAUUGUAUCUCCAUCAUCAUCAUCAUCAGCAGCAGCAGCAAUCAAAUCAGAGCAAACAAAUUCAAACGAUUCAACACUCCAUUCAAAUCUUUUACAACCAUCAUUAUUAUCUUCACCUCGUUCAGCAUUUUCUCGCACAUCAAAAACAUCUAUUCAUAGUCCAGAUCAACGACGCAUACCAAAAGAAGAAGCUGUUUCUCCAUCAUCGCAUCGAUCACACUCAAGUAGCCUUAAUUACACAUCAAAAUCAACACCUAUGCACCCAACGAUACUCAGUGGCGAUGUCACUCCGUCAUCGUCUCUAAAUAUUCCACCCCCACCAUUGCUAAUACCAUCAUCGUUACACGAAUCAAAAGAUAAUGAUCUACUAACAACGGAUAUACCAGAUGAUGGCAAUACAUCAGAUAAUUCAGCAAAUGGUACUAGUGAAGUCAAUCAUGAUGAUGGUCCUGCGCCAAUGUUAUGUGAAAGAGAAUGCUACAAUAAAUCCGAAGGAAUCGUUUUAUUGCAAGUGUAUGAUCGUUCGAAAUCACAAAACUCUUGUGCACGUACUGAUAUCAUGCUUAAACGAGGUUCACGUAUCCGUCGCAAACCACAAUCAACCAGCAAUAAUGAGAAACAGCAGCAGCAGCCAUCACAACAACAACAACAACAACAACAACAACACCAACAAUCUUCACAACAUGACACUUCAUCGAUACCUUCGAUGCCAUCAGUACCACCGUCAUCGGCGGCUGCAGCUGCGGCAGCAAUGAUGAUGAUGGGUAUGAAACAAGAAGAUCGCAAUUUAUCGAAAUUACCGUUUUCAUUGGAUAAAGGACCUCCUCUACUUCAUUCAUCUGGGCCGCCGCCACUCUUUCCACCAUUGAAUCCUCAUCAUGAUCCAUUGUUGAUGAAUCGUAAUAAUUCUCUAUUUCAUCCUAUGCCAUUACAUGCUCUCUCAUCCGCACAUAAACCACCUGGAUCUGGUGCUAGUGGCCCACCACCAUUAAAUUUUUCAUUACCAUUCGGCCCGUCUCCACAUGAUAAUGGUGCACUACGUCAAUUUGAUCCAUUGGGCUUGCGUCUAAUGAAUCCAGCAGCUGCAGCGGCUGCUCAACUAUUCGCUGCUCAAUCACAUUUCAAUGCUAAUGCUAGCCGUCCAUCUCCGAAUGGCUUUGAUCCGACAACAGCCGCUCUUUUGCUCGAUCCACGCUAUCGUAGCAUGAUUUCACCAUUUGGUACCUCAUCAUCCGCCUCAACUGGUCUACCAUCAUCAACAGCAAAUUCAUCGUCAUCAUCAUCCGCCAAUGCUUCUAAUAGUGCACAUAGUCAUUCACAUGUUCAUUCCCAUUCUCAUACACAUCUUCAUUUAAAUAAUAAUGAUUCGUCAGCAUCGGGAUCGACAAAUAAUUCAAAUGGUCCUACAUUACAACCACCGCCAAUGAUGCCAUUUGCUAAUUCACUUUCAAGUCUUUCUCAUGCCGGUCCACUAUUACAUCCAUCUGGUCCACCACAAUCACAUUCGUCACCAUCGAUGGCAAGUCUCGAAGCAAUGCAUAACUUGUCACGUGAACGUGAAUUGAUGGCAUUUAUGUUUGCCAAUAGUUCUCGGUUUGAUCCCAUGUCAUUAGCACUUGCGGCUAAUCCACUUCAAAUGCCACCACGUCAUGAAGAUCUCUCGCGGAUGCAUUCUCGGGAACGAUCCUUACGUGAACAUAGUGAAAAUGAAUUUCGUCGUUUGAAUCUAGACGCUGAAAGACAGCAACAGCAACUUCGAUUUCCAUUUCAUCCUCAACCCGAUGACUUGCUUCGUCGAUUCUAA